CUCAAGCGAAUGUUGCCGUGCCACAAUCUGUCACAACGCAGCCCCAACAAAUAGUCGGUGUUCCAGCGAAUGCCGUGAUCCUGAAAAUGUCGGAUAUUCAGCAAAUAUCUACAGUGGGACUAUUGGAACUGGCACAUCGUGAGUACCAAGCGGGAGAUUAUGAAAGCGCAGAACUGCAUUGCAUGCAGCUAUGGCGUCAGGAUGGCACGAACACUGGUGUUCUCCUGCUGCUGUCUUCCAUCCACUUCCAGUGUCGCCGGCUGGACAAGUCUGCGCACUUCUCCACACUGGCUAUCAAACAGAAUCCUUUACUUGCAGAAGCUUACAGGUAAAGAACCCCUUUUUAGCCUUUGUUUACCUAAUUCUUAUAUCAUGUGGUUGUACAACUUAGUUCACAAUCCUGCUAAAUACUCAGUCAUGAAAUUAUAACUUUUAUAGAAAGUGUAUCAUUUGGAGCAUUCAUAAUCUUAUCAAUCAUACUUAUCUUAAAGCCAAACAAAUCCUAUGAGAAUGAA